AUGUUUGGGAAACACGCGAAGUCGGCGCUCGAGGAGACGGAGGAGUAUAAAAAAUUGCACGCGGAAGUGAAACAGUUACAAGAGGAGAAUAAGAAGAGAGAAAAAGAGACCGAGGAAACGAUUGCGCGUGUGCACGAGGAGUACGGUUUAUACGUGAAGGAAAAAGAAGAGCUGCAGAAGAUUAUCGACGAGGUGGCGCAGUUGGAGGACGAGUCGAAAGCGGCGGAGAUGCGAGAGUUGGCGAGGAGUCAAGGGUUGCAAACGAGCAAUCGAGCGUCGGAGUUGCUGGACGAGAAGAAGACGAAGGAGGAGUUACAAAACGAAUUGAAGGAGUUGGAUAACGCGUUGAAGAGAAUGAACCGAGGGAUUGCGCAGAAAGAGGCGAGUUGUCGAAAGAUUGACGAGGAGAUUGCGCCGUUGGACGCGCAGUUCGUAGAGUUGAGAGCGCAAUCGAAGUAUCUCAUUGGCGCGAGUAAAGCGGCGGCGAGAGAGUCGGAGGCAUCCAAGACGUUAGCGGAAAUGUCUAUGAGAAUCCAAGAGCAAAUGAACUUGGUCAGUGCGUUGCAAGGAACGGAGUUGUUGGAGAUUGGCGAAGACUCGAUUUCGCUGCGAUUGGCGAGCCAUUUGCCGGAGACAGAUACUGAAGCGAUGGAGUCGUCACGAGCGAGAGGAGUGGGGAGAGUAACGCACGUGGUAACUUUAGGCUUCAUCGAGAAAACGGCUCGGUUGAACUCAAUCACGUUAGAUCCUGCGGAUGCGCCGAUUGAAGACGUGGCGAGGAUGUUCUUAGGCACGACGGAUUGCGCGAGCGCCUUGUGCAACAUUCGCGAUCGAAUCGCCGCCACGGCGCAAAGAUGCGAAGCGUUGGCGGCAGCCGCGAGUCGAACGCCUCUGAAAUGGUCCGCGUUUGAUGCAAACGUGAGAGCGGCAAUGUCUUCGUCCACGGAGCCAAGACCAGUGGCAGUUUUGGAAGUGCCUUUGGAGUGGCCAAAGGUGAAGUCGGCGGAGAUUCGCGUCGUCAACGUAGAAAACGUGCCGAGUAGAGUGGCGGGUAUGGUCGUGCAAACGUGCGCUGGGAAGCGCUUGCGGACGAUCGGAGAGACGUUACAAGCGACGAUGGAAGCGGAAAAGAUGGUGUCGUCGUCGAACUAA